GUCGCUCUGCUCACUAUCUUCUUCCCCCGAAGCAAAAUACCGGGAGAUCCGAUGGGCAAAAAGGUCAAAUGGUCGUGGACCUCCGCCCUAAUCGGCGCGGCAUCCGCCGCCGCGGCCACGGCGGUGUUCCUGGCGAGGCCCAAGGACCCGACCUUCCACCUCGUCUCCAUCGGCCUCACCUCCUUCAAGCUCAACCCCCCUGUCCUCGACGCCGAGCUCCUCCUCACCGUCCACGUCACCAACCCCAACGUCGCCCCCGUCCACUACCCCUCCGCCACCGUGUCCAUCCUCUACGGCGGCUCCCCCCUCGGCACCGCCGACGUCGCCGCCGGCUCCCAGCCCCCGCGGUCCUGCCGGCUGCUCCGCCUCCCGGCGCGGCUCGACGGGCUCGAGCUGGCCCGCCGCCACGCGGGGAGGUUCUUCGCCGACGUGGCGCGGCGGGAGAUGGUGCUGGACGCGGAGGUGGACCUGGCGGGGGUCGCGAGGUUGCUGUGGUGGGACCACCGCUUCCGGGUGCACGUGGAGAGCCACGUGACGGUCGACCCGGUGUUCCUCGACGUGAUCGAGCAGGAGAACCGGUCGGAGCUGGAGGUGUUCCUCGCCUAGCUUCGUUUUUACGAAAACGCCCUCCCGUGGAUUUAGCGGCCCUGUAAUUUUUCAUUGUCCGAAGGUCCGGAUUGGGAAUUGUAUUAUAUUAAAUAUUAAUCGAAAAAUCGGAAGAUUUGAUGGUUU